ACGCCUCGCUCUGCUGCUGCGCUGCGCUGCGUGCUGUGUCUCGGCCGCCUCUCUCUCUGCCAAGCGCUGCCAGCCAGUCUCCUCUCCUCCCUCCAUCUCUCUUCCUCCUCCAUCACAGCCACUCGCCCAUCCACGUCUUCCUGCGCUGCUGCUGCGCACCGUCUUCGUCGCCGUCUCUGCUCGCACACGCCGCACACCCCACAUCUCGCACCUGCAGUGCCACUUGCCGCUGCUGCUUCAUCAUCCACCGCGUCGCCUGACUUUCUGUGGCCACGAUGCGCAUCGACGAGGAUGACCUGGCCUGGGACCUGCCCAGCAUGGCGCCCGCGGCGUCGCCGUACAGCGCCGGCGCCGGCGGCGUGACGUCGCACAGCGUGCACCCCGGCGCGCUCUCGUCGAUCCGUGAGGACGCGUCUGCCCUCUCCUCGCACAACUCCUCGCUGCGCCACUCGCACAUGGCCGCGCGCCCCUCGGCCUACCCGGCCUACCCCAUGGGUGCCUUCUCUGCGCCCUCGGCCUUCCUCGCCGGCGGCUUUGGCGCCGACUUGCGCCACGGCAACACGCGCUCGUCGCCCGAGGACGAGACGAGCCCGGGCACCGACGGCCUCGAUGGCGCCGACGCCGAUGGCAUUGACAUGGACGAGGGCAUGGACAAUGGCGCAGAGGAGGGCGCCGAGGAGGUGCAGCGCCUCAAGCCGCACAAGUGCGACACGUGCGGCGCCUGCUUUGCUCGCAAAGUCCACCUGCAACGGCACGCCCUGCGCCACGUCACCUCAAAGCCAUACAGCUGCGAGCUCUGCGGCAAGUGCUUCUCUCGCCAAGACUCGCUCGUCCGUCACAACCGCCUGCUGCACGAGAAGGACGGCCGCGGCCGCGUCGGCAGCAACGGCAAGCCGCUGCCGCCAGCCUCGUUCCGCAACCGGUCACCGAAAGCCUGCCUGCGGUGCUCGCAGCUCAAGACGCGCUGUGACGGCAACGAGCCAUGUGCACGCUGCGUGUCGCACAACCUCGGCGGUCCAGGCGAGUGCACCUACCGUCCCGGAGCCGACCGCCGCAGCCGUAGCUCGUCGUCGCGCGGCGUCAGUGCGCCGCGUCCCGAGCGGCGCCAGAGCAUGCUGGACGGCGUCGAGAGCGACGACGAGGGUGCAGAAGAGAAGCCUGCUCGUGGCCGUCCGCUUUCGCGCUUCGAUGCCGGCAGUGCUUCGAGCAACGGCAGCGCCAGCAACGCCUCGGUCGGCGAGCGUGGCACGAGCAUCUACAGUGCCAGCUACGACGAUGGACGCGUGCUCGCUGCGGCGCCUCUCAGCCCUGCGUCGUGGCAGUCGGCGUCGAGCAUUGGCGCGCACUUCUCUAGCAUGCACCUGCAGCAGUCUGGCUCGCAGCAGUCGCACAACGGUGCACCGGGCCUGCUACACCAGCGCUCGCACUCGCAGCAGGCCAUGCCGACGGACAUGAGCGGCCACCACCACCACGAUGCCAAUCACGCGUUCAUCCAGGCACAACACACCAACCAAGCCGCCUUCCUUGGCCUUUCGCUGCCGCAGCAGCUCGACAUCGGUGGCACAAACGGCUUCGGCGCCAACACCGCCAGCAACAACUUCUUCCUGCAGCAGCAUCAACAGCAACAGCAGCCGCAGCCGCAGCCGCAGCAGCAGCAGCAGCAGACGGCGCCGCAGCAACAGUCGACGCAGCCGACGCAGCAGCAACAGCAGUCACCAUACCCCGCUUCGUUUGCGCAAGCCGUUCCGCCAGCACAGCAGACGAGCGACUUCUUCGGCGUUGCACCCAGCACGGCGCCGUUGCAUCUGAGCUUCUCGGCGCCGGCGCACACGGCCGUCGGCUUCUCAGUGCCGCCAGCCAACGGGCAUACCGACCUGGGCCACUCGAAUGGCACCAGCGGCGGCGACGAUGCCUUUGCGACGAACCUGCAUCUCGAGUUUGACUGGUCCGACUACUUGCCUGGCUUCCCUCUGGCGGGCACGCAGCAGAACAACGGCCCCACGGUGUCGCGGCCACGUGUCGACGGCCUCGGCUUCCAGCCUUCGACGGCGCCAAGCGGCCCGAUGAAGAACAAUCCCUUCGGCGGGAGCAUGUUCCUGGCGCCCGCGGCGCGCGGCAUGGAUCUGGGCGACCUCGAAGCAGCCAUGAACGCCGACUCGCCGCUCGCUUCGCACGACGUGAACAGCCACUCCACCACGGCCGCGGCGUUCGGCCAGCAGAAUGUCUCGGAAUCGCUGGCGAGCCUCGCACACCAACUUGGCUCGGCAGACGGUCACUACUGGGACACGACGUCGUUCACCACGCGGUGAAGACGUGUUCCUCACCGUCGCUCAUCAUCCCUACCCUCGCGUGCUCGCAAAGCCCGCUGCCACAAUGUCCUACCCUCUACUCUACCCUUUCGCUCCUCACUUGCUCUUUCUUGCCUCUCUUACGUCGUCGCCGUUCAUCGCGGGCCGCAUCAUCUUCACUGCCGGCCCCUCCCGCCGACCCAGCGUCGAUUUUCCGAUGCUGUCCCACCGCGCGCC